UGUUUAUUCUUGUGAAAUAUAGAACAACGAUAUUCCGAUCGUUCGUCCCGAUCGCAGUCUUAGUAUUUAUUUUGUCGAAAACAAAUUAGACCAAAAUAAUUUUAAAUUUUCAGGAGGAUCGACUAAUAAUGCAUCGCCGAGAAACGACGCGGCCCUGCCAAGAAUAGACGCGGCCCCGCCAAGAAUAGACGCGACCCCGCCAAGAAUAGACACGGCCCCGCCAAGAAUAGACGCGGCCCCGCCGAGGAACAACGCAGCCCCGCCGAGGAUUGACGCAGCCCCGCCGAGGAACGACGCAGCCCACGCAGCCCCGCCGAGGAUUGACGCAGCCCCACCGAGGAACGACGCGGUGAAUAGACUAAUGCAAAAGAAAGUAAACGAAGCGGUUCGGCGGGCAGUAAAUAGAGAAAGAAGAAAACGUAACACGCGCGCGCGACCAGCAUACAUGUAUGCAAUGGCUCCACCAUAUCCUCCGACAGCAUUACCUACACCGACGUACGCGGUGUAUGCUCCACCAGCACACGCUCCACCAGUAUACGCUCCACCAGCGUACGCCCCACCAGCGUACGCUCCACCAGCGUACGCUACACCAGGGUACGCUCCACCAGCGUACGCUACACCAGGGUACGCUACACCAGGGUACGCGCCACCAACAACAUAUCCGGCAGCAACCACAUACCCGGCACCAGCAGCGUACGCGGCACUGGCACCGGUGUAUCCACCGCCGGGGCGUUUUUAGAAUAUAUAAAUCACUCUCUUGAACUUUUUGGCGACAAUAAUUUUUUAAAUUCUGAAUCUUUAUUAUGAUUUUAUUAUAC